CCCUCAGCUUGGCCCUGCUGCGGAACCAACUGCGGAGGGGGGCCGGGGCAGAGGCGGCUCAGCAGCGCCCCUCGGAGGAGGCCAGCGCCCUCCACAUGCGACGCAGUCCCGCCCACCGAGGAGCCAGUACGGCGCCUGCGCUCAUUCGGCCUCGCCCCGCCUCCUAUUUACCAACCGGAAGUUAACCAACUUCCCAUAGUGCCUCGCGAGUGGCGGGUAUGAUAACAAAUUCACUAGGCUUGCACUUGGGUUCACGUUGUCAUUGUUGGGGUGGUUCUGCUGUGCUGAGGGGACGCUAGGAGAUUGGGGCCCAGUCACUACCUGGUCUGCGGCUGCAAUGGCCCUUCUCCGGUGCAUGUGGGGCGUGCUGAGUGGCCUGGGAAAGUCCGGAGCGGACCUGUGUGCGGGCUGUGGAAAUCGACUGCGCUUUCCGCUCAGCUUUGGGUAUGUACCACGAUGGUUUUCAUCCUCAAUGAAUGGUUAUCCAAAGAAACCUAUGACUUCAUAUGUUCGGUUUUCCAAAGAGCAGCUACCCAUAUUUAAAGCUCAGAACCCAGAUGCAAAAAAUUCAGAUCUAAUUAAGAAAAUCGCACAACUAUGGAGGGAACUUCCUGAAGAAAAGAAAAAAAUAUAUGAAGAUGCUUACAGGGCAGAAUGGGAGGCAUACAAAGGAGAAAUCAACAGAAUUCAAAAACAGCUAACUCCAAGUCAGAUGGUAUCUUUGGAAAAAGAAAUCUUGCAAAAACGUUUGAAAAAGAAAGCAUUAAUAAAAAAGAGAGAAUUAAUACUGCUUGGAAAACCAAAAAGACCUCGUUCAGCUUACAACAUUUAUAUAGCUGAAAGAUUCCAAGAAGCUAAAGAUGGCUCAGCACAGGUAAAACUGAAGACCAUAAAUGAAAACUGGAAAAAUCUUUCGAGUUCUCAAAAGCAAGUAUAUGUUCAACUUGCUGAAGAUGAUAAAAUUCGUUAUAACAAUGAAAUUAAAUCUUGGGAAGAACAGAUGCUUGAAGCUGGACGAAACGAUCUAAUACGUCGCAAAUCAAAGUCCCCAUUGAAAGUUGUCAUUGAUGAGUUUUAAGAUAGAAGAUUGAGUAAUGUUCAUAAUGGAUAGACACAAGAACCAAUUACGUCUCGAUACUUGAAACUGUUGUAAAAUUAGGAUAAAGUUGGUGAACAUUUAUAUUUAAUUCCUUUUUCUUCAGGCCAUGGACUUCUGAGAGUUCAAUACAUUUUGUAUUAGUAUCUUGCUUUGGAAAACCCAGAUAAAAGUUCAUGCAGAAUUCAUUUUGUGUUAGGAACUGCUGAGGGUCAAAAUAAUUCAUGAAAUGUAACAGUGAAUCAUUUUACCUUUGAUACAGGCAAAUUAGACUGUGAAGUUUUUUUUAUACUUGAUGACUGUGGAAAGAAUAUUCUUGUUUCCUUAUUUAUGGAGGCAGGAAUUUCCUAUUCUAAAGUUUCCCAAAUUGUAGUGUUCUGCAAUAUAAUUGUAUAUUUUUUAAAGAGUCUCCAGAACUCAUCUAGGUAAGUUCCAAUUCCUAGGUAUAAUUCAUGCAGUAUUCAGAGAUGAUACUAGUACAUGCAAGAGAAUUGCUGAUUUCAGUUGCAGCUUUUUAUAAGUGGAUGGAGAGAUUUAUAAGGCUUUUCCUCAUUGUCUUUUUUUCCCCUAAAAUACUAAGAAAUAAUGUACCAAAUCUAUGCAUAUUGUUUUAUAUUGCAUAGAAUAAAAAUUUUAAAUAUUUCCAAAUUAUGUUUUCAGGUGAAAUGUUCAUUUUUUAAUUUCUUUGGUGUGUUUUCUUUGUUAAGUAGGGGUUUGCAUUUUGAAUUAAUCUCUUGUGUGAGCAUAUUUAUACAGAAAAUAAAGAACUUACCUGGUUUAAGUUUUAAAAUGAGAGAUCUAAAAAGUCUCCAAAUCUCUUGAUUUGGAACUUGUAAUUUUUAAAAAUUUUUGUAUAACAUAUAAAAAACUAUAAGGAGUAGCCAACUGUCUGACCUGUGGGUCAGUUACAGCCUACUGCUUAUUUUUCAUGACUUGUGAGCUAAAAAUUGUGUUUUCAGUUUUAAAUGGUGAAAGGUAUUUCAAGAUACGGGAAUAUUAAUGCAAAAUUCAUUUCCAUAAAUAAGAGUUUUAUUAGAACACAGCCAUACUCAUUCUUCUACUUACUGCUCAUGAUCUGUGGUAGAGGGUAAUGAGUGCAGUGUUUCAAUGCAUUAAUGUAUUGGCUUGUUUCAGAGGUUCUUGUUUUAGAAUCUUUGUCACCAUUGUCUUAAAAGAAAGGGGGUCAGAUCACUAAAGAAGCUAACAUUGCCUUGCAGAGUGAACAAGGAAAUAAUCUUUAGUUUUAAAUUAUGUUGCUGAAAGAUUGUAUAGAGUGGAAUGUCAAAUCUCUUAAAUUGUUUGCCAUAGCUUGAUAAAGUGUACCUUAAGAGUUUUCUAGUUAGCACAUGUUAAUAAAACCUUUCCAUCCUUUACCAUUUGUUUAUCCUCUAAGAGAAUCAAGCAAAGAGUUUCAAAAUCUACUCUACCUUUUUGAGCAAAAGAAUUUAUCUUUCAUCAGCUCACAGGAACACUGUAACUCAAAAUUUCUAUGUAAUUAUGCAAAAUAUUUUGAAAUUGUAGUUUCUAGAUCUGUAGAGAAAACUGAAGACUUUUUUAAUUUAUCAAGAGAAAGUUUUGAAAAGAGCUUGUUAGGAUACUACUGAAGUUGACAAAGGUAGGGACUGUAAAGAAAAAUACAAUAUAAGGUAUGUAUAUAUGUGUGUG